AUGAAUACGACGCUGCAGAACACGCCGCACGGUUGGAUGGGAUUAGGAACGUGGAAAUCCUCUCCCGGCGUGACCAAAGACAUCGUUUUCGAAGCUUUAGCGUCUGGUUUGUGCCGACACAUCGACUCUGCUCCGGUGUACCAGAAUCAGAGAGAAGUCGGGGAGGCCAUCGAACUUUAUGUGAAGGACAUAAACGGAGGUAAGCGAGAGGAUGUGCACGUGACGUCAAAGUUGAUGACGUAUUCCUUACCGCCGGAGAAGUUCGAGGAAGAAACGAAGAGGCAGUUGAAAGAGUUGAGGAUAGAGAAACUGGAUUUGAUGUUACUCCAGUGGCCGGUGACGACGAGCGGGUCGAUCGAGGCGCAAUGGAAAGCGUUGGAGCGUUUGGUGAGGAAAGGUUUGGUGGAAAGAAUUGGCGUGUCAAACUUUUCGAGGAAGAAGUUGGAACAGUUGCUGAGGUGUUGCGAAAUCAAACCGAGCGUGAACCAAAUAGAGUGCCAUCCGAACUGGAGGCAAGACGAUUUGGUCGAGUUUUGUAAAGAGAACGAUAUCGUGGUGCAAUGUUACGGGCCGUUGGGUUCGGGCGACCAGUUUUCCUCGGACGGUUUAAAUCGAAAACGGUCCGGUGCGCCGCCUUUAUCGAAUCAUAUAGUUGUAGAGUUAGCGGAGAAGUACGGCGCGACUCCGGCGCAGAUAUGUCUCAAUUGGGCGGUGUUUCAUCGAGGUACGGUGCCGUUGCCGAAAACCGUGAACAAAGAAAGGUUGAGAGAAAAUAAAGAAGCGCUGGAUAUUGUCAUCUCUUCGGAGGAUUUAGCGAAAAUAGAUAGCAUCGAGGAACAGUAUCGAUUGCAACACGGCUCUUUUCACACCGGACCGACAAAGGAAUUUAAAACGCUCGAAGAGUUAUGGGACGAGGACUAG